AUGACAAGCACUGAGUUUGAAACAGUUAGAAAGAUAGACAAUGACACCAAAGUGGUUAGAAUAGGUGAUUUAAACGUAAGAUACUCAAAGAAAUACAAAAAAUAUUCUUUGUCAGACAUUUUAACACUAUCUGAAGGAAAGAAAGCACACGACUGGGUUAAAAAUGCUUCUACUCAGAAAAUUUUGACAAAAAAUCCUGAGCUUAUGAUAUCAGUAAGAUUCUAUGGAACAAGAGCAUAUCUUAUAGACAAAAGUCUUAUACCAGUAGUUUUGUUCUGGAUUGACCCAGUUGUUGGAUAUAAUUUCAUAACAUAUGGUUCAUUCGAUACGGAACGUUGCAGUGAAGGCUUACUUUACAUCGUUCAGAAACCGAAGGACUUCAAUACAAAGAGAUAUAAGAUAGGAAGAACAUUUAAUAUAACUCAAAGAUAUGACAGUAUAGUCAAUAGAGUUAAGGUUGCGUUUGUUAA